CUGGCGGCCGCGGGGUUCCAUCUCUUCGGUGUGAGGUGUCGCAGGUGUUUGGGCCGGGUGAGGGGUCGCAGAUCCUGGGGUUGGUGAUGUGCUUUCCUGAGCAGCCGAAAGUCAAAGAUGUCUCGACAGCCCUCAGUGGCCUGGACGGUGACGGCUCUCCUGGGCGUGGCUGUGGGAGGGUUUGUCUUGUGGAAAGGCAUUCAACGAAGGCGGAGUAAAAGGCGCUGUGUGACCCAGCAGCAGCAGCAGCAGGGAGCGUGCACUGGAGAGCUGCCCCCUCCAGAAGAGGCCGGGCUGUACUCUGAUGCCCCCAAAGAUUCCUGGGAGGAGAGGAUUCUCCACGCAAAAGUAGUGACUGUGUCUCAGGAGGCAGAGUGGGAUCAGAUUGAGCCCUGGCUUAGACGGGAGUUAGAGGACUCGCCGGUGCUUGGAAUUGACUGUGAGUGGGUGAACGUGGAAGGCAGAGUCAGGCCUCUGUCCCUCCUACAGAUGGCCUCUCCAAGUGGCCUCUGUAUCUUGGUUCGCUUGCCCAGGCUGGUCUGUGGCGGAAGAACACUACCGAGAACAUUACUGGAAAUCUUGGCAGACGGUACCAUUUUAAAAGUUGGAGUGGGAUGUUCAGAAGAUGCCGGCAAGCUCCUCCAGGAUUAUGGGCUUGUUGUUAAGGGAUGCCUGGACCUCCGGUACCCAGCCCUGAGGCAGAGGAACAAUUUGCUGUGUAAUGGGCUUAGCCUGAAAUCACUCGCCGAGACCAUCUUGAACUUUCCCCUCGACAAGUCCCUUCGACUUCGCUGCAGCAACUGGGAUGCCGAGAGUCUGACUGAAGACCAGGUCACCUAUGCUGCCAGGGACGCCCAGGUUGCAGUGGCGCUCUUUCUCCAUCUUCUCGGAUACCCUUUCUCCAGGACCUCAGCUCCAGAAGAGCACAGUGGCCACAUCCGCUGGAGAAAAGUCCUGGAGCAAUGUCAGGAUAUAGUAGACAUCCCGUUCAGAAGCAAAGGGAUUGGCAGAUUGGGAGAAGAAGUGAAUGGGGAAGCGGCAGAAAUUCAUCAGAAGUCAAGAAACAAGACGCCUAAGGUGGAUGGAAUGGUCCCAGGCAGCCACCAAGGGAGAGACCCCAGAAAACAUAAAAGAAAGCCCCUGGGAGUGGGUUAUUCUGCCAGAAAAUCACCCCUCUAUGACAACUGCUUCCUCCAUGCUCCUGAUGGACAGCCCCUCUGCACUUGUGACCGAAGGAAAGCUCAGUGGUACCUGGACAAAGGCAUCGGAGAGCUCGUGAGUGAAGAGCCUUUUGUGGUCAAGCUACAGUUCGAACCUGCAGGAAGACCUGAGUCCCCAGGAGACUAUUACUUGAUGGUUAAAGAGAACCUGUGUGUGGUGUGUGGCAAGAGAGACUCCUAUAUCCGAAAGAACGUGAUCCCACAUGAGUACAGGAAGCACUUCCCUAUUGAGAUGAAGGACCACAACUCCCAUGACGUGCUGCUCCUCUGCACUUCCUGCCAUGCCAUCUCCAACUUCCAAGACAAUCACUUGAAGCAGCAGCUGGCCAAGGAGUUCCAGGCCCCCAUCGGCUCGGAGGAGGGCUUGCGCCUGCUGGAAGAUCCUGACCGGCGCCAGGUGCGCUCCGGGGCCAGGGCCCUGCUCAACGCCGAGAGCCUGCCUGCCCACCGCAAAGAGGAGCUGCUGCAAGCGCUCCGAGAGUUCUAUAACACAGACACCGUCACAGAUGAGAUGCUCCAAGAGGCGGCCAGCCUGGAGACCAGGAUUUCCAAUGAGAACUACGUCCCUCACGGGCUGAAGGUGGUGCAGUGCCACUCCCAGGGGGGGCUGCACUCCCUCAUGCAGCUGGAGAGCCGGUGGCGGCAGCACUUCCUGGACACCAUGCAGCCCAAGCACCUGCCGCAGCAGUGGUCAGUGGACCACAACCACCAGAAGCUGCUCCGGAAAUACGGAGAGGACCUGCCCAUCAAGCUGUCUUGAUAGCCACUGCCCUCCCAGGGUAGGACAGCGGGGAAGCUGGACCCAAGGCUGAAAAGCCACCCCUUCCAUCUUAGUGUGCCGUUCGUUGGUUGCAAAAGCAGCUUUGUGACAUCACUUAGAGUAACCCGUGAUAACCCCAGCUGCCUCUCGGUGGGCUCAGGCUUUCUUUUGAGGGUGACCGGAAGUUUGCAGUUACACUAGACAGGGUCCGUUUUCUUUCCCCUCCCUCUUUCUUUUGUGGCCAAGGAAGGUGCUGGCCUUUCUGUGUGCUAGCCCUGAGCAGACGGCAAAGGAAGAUGUCCCCGAAGCGACUUGCCAAGACUCAGGUUCUUCAUACAUUCCCUCCCCGCCUGGCGGGUUGUGGAUCUCUGACUGAGGCUGUCGGGUGUCAGGAUGGG